UAGUGCUCAUCCAUUCUUAAAGCUACUCGAGAUCAAUUAUAAUCAUCAUUCAUUAAAAGACCAUGACUGGCUCUGGCUCUCCAUGUGGAGCUUGCAAGUUCUUAAGAAGGAAAUGUAUAUAUGGAUGUGUGUUUGCCCCAUACUUUUGCCAUGAUCAAGGAGCAUCUCAUUUUGCAGCCAUUCACCAAGUUUUUGGAGCUAGCAAUGCUUCAAAAUUGCUCUCUAAACUUCCCAUGGAAGAUCGGUGUGAAGCUGCCAUUACAAUCUAUUAUGAAGCUCAAGCUCGCCUCCAAGACCCCAUCCAUGGUUGCGUUGCUCAUAUAUUUUCCCUCCAACAACAAGUUGUGAAUUUGCAAGCACAGCUUGAGAUUCUAAAGCAACAGGCAACAGAAAGCAUGAUGACUACUGAUACUCCAUCCUUAGAAAACCCUAAUUACUAUCGAGACACUAAGCUUCAACAACUUCAACAAUCUCUAGAUCUCCAUCGUCAUCAUAAUAGACAUCAUCAAGAUAGAAGUUUGGAUACAGAGUCCGACUCCGAUCUGAGAAAUAUCAUGACGUCUUACUCUGAAUUAGAUCAACACUUGAACACCUUUAAUCAGUAUCAUAAUGGCGGCAAUGAUGUUCUAUCCGCGAGUUUCGGGUACAUCUCGUAUUCGUGAUGAUUUUGGUGAAGACAGGGUUGAACACAUCAAGACGCAUAUUAAUUAAUAUAUA